AUGAAAAUACACUUAUCUUCCGAUGAAAUAAAUUUACUUGUUUAUCGAUAUCUAGUAGAAAAUGGAUUUAUUCAUACAUCUUUUGGUUUUUUUAAUGAAGCAAAUAUUUCAAAAAACCCAUAUUAUAUAAGUCAUGGAGAGAAAUUACCAACAAAUGCAUUAGUAUCAUUUUUACAAAAAGCUAUGAUUUAUAUAUACAUUGAAUAUCACACUGAUAAUAAUGAUGGAAAAAAAAUAGUAUGUGAAGAACCAUUUUCUUUUUUUAGAAGGCAUGAAUGUUGGAAUAAUGAAAAUAACUUUUCAGAAGAUAAAAUAGAAAUGAGUAAAAAUGAGAAAAAUUCAACUAAUAAUUUGAAUAGUGCUACAAGUAGCAAUGUUUUUGAUAAUAAAAACAAUUUAAACAAUAGAACAAAUAAUUUUAGAAAUAGUUUUACAAAUUUUGCAAGUUUAAAUUAUAAUGAUAGCAAUAUUUCUUUUAAAGAUAUCAAAAGAAAUUAUGCCAAUAUUUUUGCUCAAGGAAAAAAUUCUAAAAAAAGUUCAAACAAAAAAAAAAAUAAUACAGAUUAUAUAAAUUUAAAUGAAAAAGAUGAAUCAUAUAAUACUAUUAAAAAAAGAAAAAAAUCAAAAAUUUUUAAAAACCAAAAUAAAACAAAUAAAUUAAUCAUUGAUAAAAGUAAUAAUAUUUUAAAUAACGAUAAAAAAAUAGAUCAAAAUCAUAUAAUUGAAACAAAAAGUGAAAAUAAUGAAACUAAUAAUAUAUCUAAUAAAAUAUAUAUCAAUAAAAAUAUUCAAAAUGAUUUCAAUAUUUCAAAUAAAGAAAGUGAUAAUAGUAACAAAAAAGAUUCUAUUAUUAUUGACAAUAUCCAAAAUAACACAAUUAAAAAAAAAAAAAAAAAAAAAAAAAAAAAAAAAGAAUUCUACAAUUUAAAUGAUAAUAAAAAAAUAAUAAAAAUUCCUGUAAAAAAGGAAGAGAAAAAAAACAAUUCAAAAAACAUCUUAAAACAAAAGAAACAAAUUAAGGAUCUACCUGAUAAACAGAGAGAACGAUAUUCUUUAAUUAAUAAAGAUAAAUGUAAUUUAUAUAUUUAUAAUAAUUCAGAUAAUAAUAAAAGUCAAGAAAAUGAACAAAACAUUGAAAAUAACAUUAAAAAUAAUUUAGAAAAAAAUGAAGAUCUUAAUCAAACAGAUAAUAAUUUAAUGAAAAAUAGUUCCAUUUCUUGUUGUUCUGUUGAAAAUAAUCUUGAUAUGAAAAAGGAAAAAAACAAAUAUACUUUUUAUUCAGACUCCAUUUACAACUUAGAUAAAAAAGAAAAGAAGAAAUUUAGUAAGUCAUUAAUAAAAUCUUAUAAUUAUAAAAAUAAACUCUCUGAUAGAAUACUCACAAAGAAUAUAUGUGGUGCUAAUAAUAAAAAAAUUAAUUACGUAAAUAAAAAUGAUUUUAAUUUCAGUUUUUCAAAUUAUAUUUACAAUAGAAAAAAUUAUAUUUUUAAUAAAAAUAAAAUAUUCAAACUAAGUAAAGAUCUAAAAAAAGGAAAAAUUAAAAAAGAAAAGAUAAAAGAUUCAGUAAAACAAAAGAGUGAAUUAAAUGGAAAUAAUAAUAAAGAAAAAUAUAAGAAAAAUAUUAGAAAUAAAAAUUUUAAUAAAAUUUUAGAUAAAAAAUAUGAAAAAUCAUAUCAGCUUAAUAAUAAAAAUAAAGAAUAUAAUGAAAAAAAAUAUAAUGAGGAAAGUAAAAUUGUACAAAAAAAUUGUGAUUUAAAUCUAAAAAAUAAGGAAAAAAACAUAACAUUAAACAAAUUGAAUUAUAAUCAUUUAUUAAAUAAAGAAGAAUAUGAACAAUCAAAACAAAAUCAGGAAUUAAAAAUAGAAGAAAAAGAAAAUGAAGAAGAAAAUAUGAAAGAUGAUAUUCAAAAAAGAGAAAAAAAAGAAGAUAAUGAUGAUAAAAGUGAAAACAUAGAAAAUGAAGAUGAAAAACAAGAACAAAGAGAUAUAGAAGAAAAAAAAAAAGAUAAAACCGUGUAUGAAGAAGAAUACAAAAAUGAGAUUAAUAAACUUCUUCUAAAAAAAAUUAUUUUAAAAACACUAAAAAAUGGGAAAAAGAAAUUUAAAUUAAGUAAUAGUAUUAAAAAGAAAAAAAAAUUAAAAAAAAAAAAUAGGAAUAAUCAAGAGAAAAAUGAAGAUGACAAUGAUGAUGGAGAUGAUGAAGAAGAGGAAGAAGAAGAAGAGGAGGAGGAAGAAGAAGAAGAAGAUGAAGAAGAGGAAGAAGAAGAGGAAGAGGAGGAAGAGGAAGAAGAAGAUGAUGAUGAAGAAGAAGAAGAAGAUGAUGAUGAAGAAGAAGAAGAUGAUGAUGAAGAGGAAGAAGAAAAUGAAGAUGGAGAUCAAGAAGAUAAUAACGAUGUAGAUGAAUAUGGAGAAAAUAAUAAUGAAGGAGAUGAUGAAAAAGAAGAUAAUUAUGAAGAAAAGGAAUUCGAUUUUUCACAGAAAAAAAAUGAAGAGGAACAAGAAGAAGAUGAAAAUAGUGAUAACAAAAUAAAACAUGGAGAAAAGAAAAAAAAAGAAAAAAAAGAAAAAGAAGAUGAAGAGAAAUAUGAAGACAAAGUGGAUAAUAAUGAUGAAAAAAAAAACAGUGAUAAUAAUAAAGAUGAUGUUGAUAUAGAAGAAAUGAAUAAUAAUAAAAGUAAAAAAGAUGACAUAAAUAAUGAAGAUAAUUUAUAUAAUGAUAAAAAUGAAAAAAAUAAUAAUAAUGGUCACAUUAACAAUGAUAAAGAUGAUGAAAAUAUAAAUAAAGAUACAAAAAAUAAUGAUAAAAUUGAAAAAUAA